AAAAGUACCGAUUGACCUCUCGCCAAUCGUCAUUGGGGAGCGACGGAGCGCUGUUCCUCUUCUUCCCCCAACCUCACUCCUCCGCACGAACAAGCCUCCAGGCCUCCGUCCAGCGGGCGAAGCACGCCAACUCGAAGGAUUUCUCUCUCAUAGUCGUCGCCAUCCACAUAACCCGCUCUACCGAACUGCCGAGGAGAGGAGAUCCACCUGCAUGGUCAUGGUGGAGUUCUAACUGCAGUUGGGUUUCCAGUAAUUUUGGGGGUUCAACAGUUCAACAGAACCCCCAAACCCUACGUUAGAUCCGCCCCCCUGCCGAGCUCCGCUACGUUUAUGAUAUUGUGACGGCAUCGUAGAGCCCUUCACUGCUGUGAGGCUGGGACUUCUAAUGGGCCAGAUGGUUUCCGAUGGUGUCAUCCAAGAACAGGCAGCUCGCAAUGGCGGGAUCAUUAAGAACGGGAGGGAAAUCCUAUUGCAGGCUUUUAACUGGGAAUCCCAUAAACACAAUUGGUGGAGUAAUUUAGAGGGCAGAGUUGCCGACAUUGCUAAAUCUGGGUUUACAUCAGUAUGGUUGCCUCCACCGACACAAUCGUUAUCUCCAGAAGGCUAUCUGCCACAGAACCUGUACAGCCUUGACUCUUGUUAUGGUUCUCUUCAGCAGCUAAAUUCGUUGAUUCAGAACAUGAAUGACCACAAUAUAAGGGCUAUGGCUGAUGUAGUUAUUAACCAUCGAGUUGGGACUACUAAAGGAUCAAAUGGGAUGUAUAAUCGUUAUGAUGGUAUCCCAAUAUCAUGGGACGAACAUGCGGUUACAUCUUGUUCUGGUGGGAAGGGGAACAAAAGUACUGGCGAUAACUUUGAUGGGGUUCCCAACAUAGAUCAUACCCAGCCAUUUGUAAGGAAGGAUAUUAUUGAAUGGCUGAUCUGGCUUCGGGAAACCAUUGGUUUUCAAGAUUUCCGCUUUGAUUUCACAAAAGGUUAUGCUUCGAAGUUUGUGAAAGAAUACAUUGAGGAAUCAAAGCCUCUUUUUGCAGUGGGGGAAUACUGGGACAGCUGUGAAUAUGCCCCCCCUGACAACCGUCUGAGCUACAAUCAGGAUAAACACAGGCAGAGAAUUAUCAAUUGGAUAGAUAGCACUGGAGGACUUUGCGCUGCGUUUGAUUUCACAACGAAGGGUAUUCUUCAGGAGGCUGUGAAAGGAGAGUUGUGGCGUUUGCGCGACCCUGAAGAAAAGCCGCCUGGUGUGAUGGGGUGGUGGCCUUCAAGAUCAGUUACAUUUAUUGAAAAUCAUGACACAGGGUCAACUCAGGGCCAUUGGCCAUUUCCAUCUGACCAUGUCAUGGAGGGAUAUGCUUAUAUACUCACGCACCCUGGAAUCCCCACAGUGUUCUACGACCAUUUCUUUGAUUGGGGAGAUUCUUUCCACGAUGAAAUAGCAAAACUGAUGGAGAUUAGGAAAUCCCAAGACAUACAUAGUCGUUCAGCUGUCAAAAUUUUGGAGGCAAGCUCAAAUCUGUACUCGGCAGUAAUCGAUGAUAAGUUGUGCAUGAAGAUCGGAGAGGGCCCCUGGUGCCCAAGCGACCCAGAGUGGAAGCUGGCGGCAUGUGGAGACAGAUAUGCCGUGUGGCACAUGUAGGCAGCGACAAGCCGCAUCAGCGUGCCAUAUUUCUGCUGAAGAGAAGAUUAGCCUGGUAACUGAAGUACACCACACCAGAUUACCGCAGCAUACCUACACCUAUCUAUUAUGAAUAACGAUAUGUGUGAGUGGAACCGGGUAUUCCUGAAGAGGCGCUAAUGCCGCGCUUCUCCUGCCUGCCUAGGUUCGAGUUCUGGGACAAACCUGACGGCCACCUUACUUUAUUCAAGUGCUAAACUUCGAAAAUAGAAUAAAUUGUUAUGAGUGCACCAUGUCACUGCAUUCAUUUGGCUAGCCAAUAAUAGAGGGCAUCAUCCUAUCUCUUUAUGUAUGAAAUGCAGAAUGUACAUUUAUAAUGUGACAACUACACACAGCUGCUUGAUUA